AUGCUUGCGGCGACAUUCUCCCAUCUCAUCAUAGCCCUCGCGCUCUUCGUCACACCCGCAAUCACCCUGUUCCACGGACGGGAUGCGAGCGGUCUGUCGGCUCUCUCUGAUAAUUUCGCGGAGACAUGGCCGGCUCCUAAUACCACUGGCGGAACCUCGUGGUCUACUGCGUAUGCUCGGGCGAAGAGCCUGGUUGACCAGAUGACGCUCGAGGAAAAGGUGCAACUCAUAACCGGCCAGUCUGGUCGAUGCGUUGGACAAACUGCUCCUGUAGAGCGUCUCGGGGUGCCGGCUUUGUGCUUGGAAGACGGGCCAGCCGGAGUACGGCCGAUCUUGGGCGUCUCGCAGUUCCCCUCCGGCUUAGCAACGGCUGCAACCUGGGACAAGGAUCUCAUCUACCAGCGCGGCUACGCUAUGGGGCAGGAAUUCCACGAUCAAGGUGUCAACAUCGCCCUCUCUCCUGUGACUGGUGGUCCGCUGGGUCGCAGCCCCCUUGGCGGUCGCAAUUGGGAGGGAUUUUCGCCGGAUCCUUACGUUACUGGUUCUGCUUCGUAUUUGACAGUCAAAGGUAUGCAAGAUGCCGGAAUCCUAACCACGGCCAAACAUUGGGUUGGAUACGAGCAGGACACAUACCGUGAUCCGUACAAUCUCACGGAGUCCUAUUCUGUCUUCCCCGCUCUCGAACAACAGCCUAUCUCAUCUAACAUCGACAACAAGGCCACCCAUGAGCUCUACAUGUGGGGCUUUGCAGAGGCUGUCCGGGCCGGUACCGGCUAUGUCCUGUGCUCGUACAAUGAGGUCAAUCGAACCCACUCAUGCGCCAAUGCUUACACGAAUAACAAUCUGCUGAAGGGAGAGUUGAACUUUCAAGGUGCUCUCAUGUCGGACUGGGGUGGUGACUGGGGAGACGCAGCGUUCAUCAACGGCGGCCUUGAUAUGUCGAUGCCUGGCUCAGGUUUCGGCGGAAUGUUCGGCAACAUGUUCGGUGAUGCGCUCUUGGCUGAUGUAAAGAAUUCGUCCGUGACGGAAUCCCGCGUGAACGACGCCGUCCUUCGCACCUUGGUUCCUUGGAUUGCAUUUGGCCAGGCCGAUACGCCGCUGCCCAAUGUCACCUUCAACGCUGUUCCUACAUUUUUCGUCACGGAUGACGCUCAUUGGAGGGAUGUCCGCAAGGAAUCCACAAUGGAUCUGAUCAGGAAGAUCGGCGAAGACUCAGCGACAUUGCUGAAGAACGUCAACAAGGCGCUUCCUCUACAGAAACCCAAAGUUGUGUCGAUAGUUGGGAGCGAUGCUGGUCCCAACAUGUUGAGUGCCAUCAAUGGCGGCGGGACAAACUCAUAUCCGGCGUGGAAUCCUAAUGGAACGCUGUCGUUAGGGGGAGGCUCCGGCUGGGCUAUCCCGCCGUAUCUGGUGACGCCGUACGAAUCGAUCAAUUACCGCGCCCGCAAAAUGAACUCCCAAGUUUACACGAUCUUCAACGAUACCGCGUAUGAUGCCAUUGGCAGCACGGUUCAAGUUGCCGACGUAGCUCUGGUCUUUGUGAGUGCAUACGCGACCGAAGGGAAGGAUCGCCCCAAUUUAUAUCUCGACAACAACGGCGAAAAGCUGAUCAAGACUGUAGCGCGGAAUAACUCCAAUACAAUAGUGGUCAUUCACGCCGGAGGUCCUGUCUUAGUGGAGGACUGGAUCGAUUUAGAGAAUGUCACUGCGGUGAUCCAGGCACACUACCCUGGUCAGGAAGCCGGGGAUGCCAUCGCCAGUGUACUCUUCGGAGACGUCUCCCCCAGCGGCAAAAUGCCCUACACGACAGGGCACUCCUUAGAGGAAUAUCCCCCGCACACUAUCGUCUCCGAUCGCGUGGUUGACCCUCAAUCUUACUUCAACGAAUCUACCUUGAUUGACUACCGAUGGUUCAGCGCGAAGAAUAUCGUCCCGCGAUUUGAAUUCGGCUUCGGCCUAUCAUAUUCGACAUUCGAUUACAGCAACAUCAACGUCAGAGACGCUCAUCUACCCGACAACACCUCCGUACAAGCCACGAAUGAACCUUUCAUUGGCUCGAAUGAUAGCAACAGCUUGUACGACACCGUUGUGGAGGUGACUGCAGAGAUCACAAACACCGGCAACGCCACUGCCUGUGAGGUAGCGCAACUUUAUGUCACAUUACCCGGUAGUUCGGGUAUAUGGCUGCGCGGCUUCGACAAACUGAAGGCUCUGGCCCCGGGCGAAACUCGUACCGCAACUUUCGCGUUACGGCGCAAGGACCUCUCUUUGUGGAGCACUGUGAGACAAUCCUGGUACAUUCCCAGCGAAGACAUCAAACUUCAAGUCGGUUCUAGCUCCACCAAGUUGACUUUGAAUGCUACAUGGUCCUCGCGUUGAAGAGUGAUAGUGGCAUAACACGCGUUCCUAAUGAGCGCCGCUCCGUGCGGCGUGCAUGAUUCUACGCGUCUCCGGUUCGUGUAUCUCGCAAGACGACUAUCGGUCCCUGAGUAUUCGACAAUCCAUGUGAACCGGUAUCUCUCAGUAUAGACUUACAGC